AUGACACCAAUGGCAGCGCCGCAUCAGGAUGGACGGUCGGAAGGUGGUGCGCUCCAUUCGAAGUCCUUGCUGGAUUUCCUCGAUUGCCCAGGAGCCGACCUGGAGCGUCCCAGACCUGAGCCUGAGCGGAGCGGCUCGUUCUGGAGUUGGCUGAGCGGUCCUUUCGCCUGGGGCGCUCCAGGCAUCGAUACGACCGUGAAAUGCAAAGCCGGAAGCAAGGCCAUCUGCGAGGCUGCUCUGCCGGCACCAAGAAGUGCUGUGCCCCUUCCUUGGGUCUGCAGCGAAGAUGUGACGCCACACCUGGAAGAUGCCAUCCAAACCUUGGACAAAGAGGGCUGUCUUCUCAUCGAAAGUGCCGUGUCGGCACACGCCUGCCAAAGAUUGGCAGAAUUUGUUGACUGCGCCCUGGCAUCUGCACACCAGGAAGUGCACCAGGCCUCCGAUGCGAGGAUCAGAUCUGGGCUCAUGAAACGGUACUUUCGAAAGCUGGUGCAUGAAGGAAAGCAGGAUCGGAUCGAGUUGACCCUGCCCUUGGUGUCGGAGGUUCGGGAAGUUCUUGAACCGCUUUGUGCACUCGUGGCUCCCAUCCUUGAGCCUUUCCUCUCCCGUGAGGCUCCCUUGGUGGACCUGUCCUGCAUGAUCACCGAUGCGGACGCAGAGCAGCAGCCGCUGCAUGCUGACACGAAGAUCCUCGACAGCGCGCUCUUGCCACUCUUCACGGUGUUCGUGUCUUUGCAAGACAUAAGCAGGGAAAUGGGCCCGACCUGGCUUUGCCCCCGCUCACACACAGCGGAAAGUCACCUUCGCUUGAUGGCGCUGCGAGCAGCACUCCAGUCCAGCAAACCCCGCGAUAUGGGAGAGAUCCUCCUGCAGCAGUUUGGAGCCGGUUCUGCAGAGUGUUCGACCGGAACGGCCAUCAUCAUGAAUUCUCAGCUGCUACAUUGCGGCGGCGCCCAAGCCGCUGCAGAGCGAGGCGGACGACGGCGGCGCUUGCUCUACGUCACAUUCCACCGCCCGGGGAAUACUCCGGCAGAGCAUUCGCUUCGAGACGAGCUGGUUGGUGAGUACAGACUGGCUGACUUCGACGGCAGAGCACCUCUGGCACAGGACAAAGAUGAGGUCUACCAGCGACUCUUUGUGGAGGCAAACAAGCGCGGUCUGCAGGCCAUGUUGGAUUUCGGUCUCUUGCUUCGAACCCGCGGAGACCGCGGUGCGGUCAAGUGGCUGAAGAGAGCCAAAGACAAGGGCCACCCCUUGGCAUCAAUGCACCUUGCGGAAAUCUACCUCAAGGGAGAGCUGGGGAUCUUCCAGGACCCGAUUCAGGGAGAACACUUUCGACAAGAAGGACUGCGGCUGUAUCAGGCCCUGAAGCAGCGAGCUUCCUCAUCGCCAGACGACGCCCCGGCGGAGUCCGAAAAAGGCCGAGCUCCCUCCGCCGAAAGAUUCUCUUCUUGA